UUUUGAAAAAACGGUGGUGCACACAUGGCUAAGUUCACACCAUAUAGAGAAUAUAUACUUUAAUAUUCACCCGUUACAACGUUGAAUGGAUAACAAAACAUAUUGAUACAAACACACACACACACGAACAGCCACACUCACACGGCUGGAGAGACAGCCCAUUAUAUGAUCGUCUGUCUUUGAGCACACGUGAUUGAGUGAGCGUACGCAACAGUGUUGAUAUACCCGGUGUAACGACACCAUCAGACGUGGACCAAACAGACGAUGUCAGGCCACAACAGUAUAACAACCUCCAAACAACAUGACCACACGGGACACUAGACAGCUUCAGGGGAUGACCUUACUAGGUAGUGCUGAUAAGGAGUCUAUGGUUACAAAUGAUGAAUGACAUUAACUUUGGUGUAUAGACAGUUAUUAAAUCUGGGAUUGUGUUGGAUUGAAAACUCCCGAAAACAUGCCUCGGUCAUUCCUUGUGAAGAAAGUGAAAUGUGACGAUGACAAGUCUAUGCAUGGUCAUUACUGGUCCAAGGAGAUAUACGAGGAUGAUGUGGACAGUGUCCGAGCAGUCACACCCUAUACGCCCAGCACACAUCCUCUGGCUGUUCGAGUUAACAACGGGUACAUAAGCGACCUUAUAGUGCCGUCACUUCCAGUUAACGCAUCUGUUGCUGAGAGCGAAGAGAAACCACAACCCCCAGCUGCUCAUGUAGAAAUUCAGUUUGAGGAUGUGCGUGAUGAAGAAUGUCCCGUUCUUGAUCUCAGCCCUGAUCGGAACAAAAACAACAUUGAAGAAAUUGGAAGAGGCGUUACCAUAGGAUACACCUACGACGCGUUCUUCAUAAGCGAUGGGCGUUCCCGACGUAAAAAUGCAUUUGGUAUUCCCGAGAAGGUAUCCAAGCAACGAUACACGUGUAAUGAGUGCGGGAAAGAUUACGCAACUUCCUCCAACCUUUCCCGCCACAAGCAGACACACAGAAGUCUAGACAGUCAGCUAGCGAAGAAGUGUCCCUAUUGUGACAAGGUUUACGUCAGCAUGCCGGCUCUGUCUAUGCAUAUUCUAACACACGAACUCAAACAUCGUUGCGAUAUCUGUGGAAAGAGUUUUUCCAGACCAUGGUUGCUGCAUGGGCACAAACGUUCUCAUACCGGAGAGAAGCCAUACGGAUGUGCACAUUGUGGAAAAGCAUUCGCCGACCGCUCCAACCUCCGAGCACAUAUGCAAACUCAUUCGGCAUUCAAACACUAUACCUGUAAGAGAUGCAACAAAUCGUUUGCCUUAAAAUCAUACCUAAAUAAACAUUACGAAUCGGCUUGUAUAAAAGAUGGUUCAGAAUCUUCUUUAGAUAUGCUGAAACAUAGCAUUUCUCCUCAUUCCGAAAGUUUUAACUUUUCGUAAUGAUGACUGGAUAGAAUGGUUUAUGCAGUGAAUCACCGCAAUGAUUCCCCCUGAUUGAUGCUCCGUUUAUGAAGUAUGACUACUUAUGGUACUAACCGCGUUACUCACAAUUAGAGCAGCAAACAUCCCUAUAUCACAAGGAAUUGUGUCAACGGGGACAAGAAUCCGAUGAUACACAUAUUACCAAACAAACACUCGUAGUGUAUGUCUAGAUUCACAAAUAGUGGAAUAGCUACAUGCUUUAUCUCUACACGGAUAGCUGUGUUAGCGGAACGAGGUUUACUUCAUUACUAACGCAGAUUUAAAAUGAAUUUGUUUGUAUAGACGUUUUAACCCAACGAUUUUGUAGAUUGUAUGAAUGUUAUACCCCCUUUUAGUGACCAUUCACCUUCCUACCGCCAGUAGUGCCAGAACAUGUGUGAUAACAGAACAGUAUAUAACCAACCAGUGCCCCUUAAUCCCCAUCGAAAACACAUUUUUUCUAUUUUCUAUUUUCUUACAAAAUCCUGUUUAACAAUUUUGAUACAAACACAUUAUAUAUGUUGGUGUUAUUUCCCACCUACUAGUCUACGUAUUUGUUGGAAAGAUGUGUUAAACAUACAUCAUGAAAUCAUAUAUGUUGAUGUUAUUCACCCGACCUAGUCUUAAAUAUUUUUGGAGAUGAGUGUAUUACAUCUAGUCAGUAUUAUGUACAGUUAUUGACACAAACCCACAAGUGCAAUCAAAUAUAUGCAUGUUUUGUAGUGUUAGUUAGAGUAAGUAGAACCUCGAUAGAAUCCUCCGCUACCGAAAUUGUUUAUGACUUAAUCGCAUAUGCUUCCUUUCAAUGACAUCAAACUCUUUUCAACCAAAAGUUUGACCCUAAAAUUAUUUAUAACACUCAGGUAAUUAUGAAUUAUUGCAAACUGCUAUCAAAAUCAACGGGAGAUAACCCUGACACAAAUUCUAGGUAUAAUGGCAAAGUAUCAUAUACCAUUAAUUUAAUCCAUUUUCAUUUUUUAUAUUUUAUGAGAUCUGUAACAAAUACCUAAUCAAUUAUCAAUAAUUACCAAUAUUCUGCAUAGUGACGUAUUACUUAUUAUGAAAAUAUAAGUUUUUCUAAUUGAAAUGUAUAAAACAUUUACGACCAUCCUCAAAAUACCACUCUUGAGUAUUCGCUCCCUGCAUAUUUUCUUCUUGUUAUCAAACGAAUAAACACUUUGAGCAACGAGGUUCUACUCUAUCUCAGAAUUUUCCUAUUAUUUCUAACCAAAUACACUAUUUAGUGUAUAUAUUUGGUUAGAUUUGAUGUUUCCUAUUGGUUGUUUAACGAAGGAGAAACAGUAUUUUCAAUUUGUCCGAAUCACUAUUUAUUGGUGUUUACCAAGCACAUGUAAAUAAUUGUAGUAUUGAUCUGUGUUGUUGCUUGCGAAUAUCUCUUUGUACCUGUUGAUUAAUUGGUGCUCAAUGUUUUCCUUUAUUAUUUCAAAAUAGUUUACAAACCACAGACAAAUGACCCACAUAUAGCUGAUACACAAUUAACUCCCUUAACGUAAGCAUUAAAUAUCAACGAUUGCUUUAUUACAUAGUAUUUCAAAAGUAUGUUAAUGUAAGUUUAUUUUAGUAGACGCAAAAGUAAAUUAUGCGUUACCAUAGAUAAUUUUAACGAAUUUUAAAAUGAUUGGUAAAUAUUCUGAUUUCGUUUCAAAAUUUAUAAUAGGGAGUGUUCACUUGUCGAUAUGAAAGACUUACCAAUGCACCAUUAUAUCGAAGUUUUACUGGGAGAUUAAAGAGUAAAACACAUAAUUUACUGUCAAGUUUGUUUUUGACUGUCUCUCUAUGUCUCUAUUUUCGAUUUUGUUUGGCAUUGUUGAACGUCCUAUCGGUGCAUAAAGGUCAUUUUAAGACGGUCACUAUUUUGAGAAAAGUUUCGUUGAAAAGUUUGGUAAAAAAGGAAAAUUUUAACCAUUAGUAAUUGAAUUUCAGGAUAAUCAUGUGAUGUAGAUAUGGUUUAUGAUAACACAAUGUGAUAGUAAUGUGAAAGUUUUCUUGUUACCAUAAAGUUCAAUACUCAAUUGCGAACUCCUUCAGGAGAAUGGUCUAAAAUACCUUUGUAGCAUACUGAAACACACCUGCAUAUUUUUGGUUUUCAUUCAUAUAACGUGGUAGGAUCGAUUGGCCUAAAAAUCCCAUAGAAAUACGCUAUAAGCCUAAGGCAUAAAUAAUUGUAUGAUGCACCGUGUGAUUUUUUUAUCAGUUAAACCAUGAUAUGAAAGUCCCAAUAAUUCCGUAAUCAGUUAUUAAUCUGAUACUGAAUAUCUGAAUAUAAAUGUUCAUUGCAUUAUUUAGCAGCAAUCAAUUGUUGACAUUUUGUAUACGCAUCUAUUGACGUCAUUUUCGCCGUUUAACUCAAGGUCAAAUUUAUCAAAUCGUCCUAAACAACGAUGUGUGUAGAAUAGAGAUGAUUACGUCACAACGCAUUUCGAUGAUAUCAUUUUUGGGUUGUUUUGAGGCAUUUUGUGAAAUAUUUAUGAUUGUUUUCAUAGUUUUAGAUAUAACUUAUACUACAAAUAGUAUAAUUUAUCAAUUAUUUAGAUAUUUAUCACUGUAUUAAAUUCGUGUGCCAACAAUUGAAAGUAGAUGUUGUCUGCUUGCAUGUAACGCUACAUAUGUACAUAAGUUUUCUUUCUUUAUUCACUACUUUUAUACUUUUUCACCAAACCUUUUUGCUCACCAUUGUCCUAGUGUGCAAAACAGACAAAAGAAUUGAGGAUACUGCGCCAAUACACCCAUUUUCGGUAGCAGUGUGAUUCUGUCUCCCUAAAUCAUUCACAGUUGUCCUGAACACUAUGUAUAUAGGUCUCCUCUUGACAUUUUUUUUUUCAUUUUGUAGGAAUUCUAACAUUUUGAUCAACUUUUGCAUGUAUUGAAUGCAAAUAACAAUAUAUUACAAGGCCUGAUUAUAAAAUCUGUGUUAGAAUACCAUACUAUUUAUGAUAACUUAAUCGAAUUCGCACUUACCUUGAUUGUCUUAUGUGCCAUAUAUCUUUCAUAUAUGAUUGAUAUUUAAAAAUCGUGCGAUAACC